CCUCAAUUCCUCCGCGCCCCAUGGAGAAGGUUCAGGCCCAAGAUCAUUUGGGCUAUGUGACCGAGGAAGAAGAGUCUCUCUUUUCCACGUUGUUGGUGAGACAAGAGGCCAUUGCUGACAAGUUGGAGUCACAGGCCAUGCUCUGGGCCUGGUUCGUCUCGGUGUUCGUCUCGGUGCCAUGUUCCAAGGAGCAAAAGCUAAGGGAGUUGAUCGACUACAUCUCCGUGAACCUGCGCUUCGAGAAGAUUAGCGACGAGCGGAACCUCGCUGGAACAGCGCGCAGAUCCUGCUCUUUCCCUUUCGAUCCGGCAGAAGACUUUGAUGUGAACAGUCAAGAAGUUGAGACAUGGGCGCGAGCAGCUUCACAUAACAGUAGAACAUCGCAACUGCCGCAGAGCUAUACUGUUGAGGAGAUGCAACUCCGUGACAGUGCCAUGACCGCCACUGGCUCCGUGCAACGGAGACGCUUCUCCGAGAAAUCCUCCAACAACGCCAAGGACAUUCCGCACAAUCGUUCGAGACUGGUGCUGCAAAAAAUGGUAAGCCAUCCUUCCUUUGAAGCUGUCUUCGCUUUCAUAGUGUUGCUGAAUGCAGUGUUCAUCGGGAUCGAUACCGAGACAAGUUUGCAUUACCAAGGCCCAAGACCGUGGGAGCUACAGGUCUUCAACAUCAUUUUUUCGAUUCUCUUUCUCGUGGAGCUGAUCUUGAGACUCAGUGCCAGUGGCAGGUGGUUUUUCUGCGAUGAGAACUGGAUGUGGAACAUGUUGGAUUCUGUUAUUGUGGUCGCAUCCGUUUGGGAUGUUGUAACUGACCUCCUGCAAUCGUUUGGCGUGCGUCAAGAUGUGGAAUCUGUGGCUGGUUUGUCUGGGAUGAAGGUGUUUCGAUUCCUUCGCCUCACGAGGAUACUGAAGACGAUGCAGUUCGUCCGGAUCCUGCGCUUUGUUAUGGCGCUGAGGACGCUGGUCACAUCCAUCGUCUCCACAGUGAAAUCGUUGAUGUGGGCGCUUUUGCUCUUGCUUCUCAUUGUGUAUAUAUUUGCCGUGAUUUUCGUUCAAGUUGUGAAUGGCUACAAUGCGGAUGACUCGCUGCCGCGGAUGCCGGAAGAGCAGGUGAGGGCCAGUGAGAAACAUUACGGUUCUUUGGCAGGUUGUAUGCUCAGCCUGUUCAUGAGCAUUGCCAAUGGUGUGAGUUGGCAAGAAGUUCUAGAACCCGUGAGGUUCAUCUCAGCUCACUGGGUUUUGCUGUUCUUGUUCUUCAUAAGCUUCACGGAGUUUGCCGUUCUCAACGUUGUUACUGGGGUGUUCUGUCAAAGCGCUAUAGAAAGCGCGCAGCAUGAUCAGGCCACAAUGAUGCAGUCGAUGAUGGCCAACAAGGAGACGCAUCUGAACAAGAUCAAACAACUCUUCAAAAGAAUGGGUGCAGAUGAAACAGGCUGCAUCACAUUUGCAAUGUUUGAAGACAAGAUCAAUGACCCAGAUGUGCGGGCAUUCUUCGAAUCCUUGGAUUUGGACAUUUGGGAUGCCUGGACCUUUUUCAAAUUACUCGAUACCGACGGAGGAGGAAUGGUAGAGGUGGAAGAGUUUUUCAUGGGAUGCUUGCGCUUCCGCGGCACCGCCCGCGCCAUGGAUGUGGCAAAGAUCAUCCAAGAUCAAAGGUGGCUCAUCAGCCACAUGUCAAGAUUUGAAAGCUUUAUGGAGUCGGAACUCAACCUUCUCAAGGAAGAGUUGCUCCGCUCCAGAUUGAGCUCCAGAGAAGAGAGCAAAGUUAUGCCACGCCUGCCGAUGACCAAAGAUUUGUGAGGGCCUUUUUCGGACAGCACAGGAAGUGGGAGGCUC